AUGUCCUUUACCCUCAGCUUCAACGGCAGUACGGUGAACAUCAUCGUUUACACUACCGGCCUGUCUACCGCUGGGCCAUCUACUACUACCAGUGUCGAUGUUGACGACCAAGUUGAUGAUAGUGGGCUACUCUCCCCUCGAUCGCGCCAGGAGUGGCGCGAUCACCAACUGGCAUGCCAGUUGGCGAGAGGGGAGGACCGGACGAGUGCAUUGAAGGAUCGUCACCAGAAGGGAAGACUUUAUCCGCUUAUUGACGGCGUACGGCGACGUACGCCUGAGAAGACGAUAGUUCAAUAUUUCACCCGUCGUAAAACCUCCUCCUCUCCUCCUCCUCACCCCGCCCCCUCUCAAGCCAAGACCCCUGCCCCCACCGCCCCUGCUGCCACCGCCCCUCCCGCCUCCGCCCCUGAGUACGAGUCUGACUACAGCAGUGGUGAGUUAUUCCCUGCUAAACAAAGGAGAUGA